GAGGGCGGCCGCACGCCUGAGAGGCAUCGAGCCUUUAUCUAACCGCGGCAGAGGAAGAGGCGGCAGCGGCAGAGUGAGACGAAGAAGAAGAAUUUAACGGUUCCCGGUUGUAGGACCGCUCUGGGUCUCCACGGUCCCCGGUGGCUUGCAAACUGUUUGGGAUUUGGGAUGACGCUCAUUCAGUCGGUCAGCAGUUUUAUCUACUUCACCUAGAUAAGUCACCACCAUGUUUGUCCAAAGGACAGCAAUGUUUUGACAGCAUACUGCACUAAGGAGCAUCACUGCAAGCAGAGCACAGAGCCGGAGCAAUGGAAGAGGGCUCUGAGUUGAUGGAGGAUAUUGUAUUUCGAGGGGUGGAGUUUUCCGUGAAGAUAGAAGUGGACAGGGGGUUGCUUAUCGUAGAAAUCUCUGAUUCAGUGACAGCGGAUCAAUGGAAGGGGGAGUUUGAUCCAGCGUAUAUUGAAGACCUCACUCGCAAAACUGGCAACUUCAAGCAGUUUCCUAUUUUCUGUAGCAUGCUGGAAUCAGCUGUGAGAAAGACAAGCGACUCUGUUACACUUGACCUCUUGACCUAUGCUGACCUGGAGCUACUGCGAAACAGAAAAGCAGGAGUGGUCAGUCGUCCUCGCAGCCAUCAGCAGCCGUCUGCUCUCACCGCCAAAAGAUAUCUCAUUCUCAUAUACACUGUGGAGUUUGACAGAAUUCACUACCCUCUACCUCUGCCCUAUGUGGGAAAGCCUGACCCAGCUGUCCUGCAGAAGGAAAUCAGAGCCCUCAGGGCUGAGCUCAGUGCGCUCACCUCUCACGGAGUUAACAAAUCUGCAGAUCUAGAAAUACAGCGGUUACGAGCAGAUCUGGUUCUAGUUAAAGAAGAAAAGGAGGCCAUGGCAAAGGUUCUCGAGCGACUGCAGGUGAGUGGAAGCAAUCCCACGUCUGGACGAGAAGACUGGAGGAUGAAAGAUGUGGUGAGGACGCUGGAGGAGCAGCUUGUCAAGGAGAGGGCCAAAAGUCAACGGUCAAUGAGCAAGAGGUGCCAGGAGCAGCGACUGCUAGUGGAGCAGUUAGAGGAGCUGAGAGCAUCAGAGUGCGCACUCCGUGUUCGCGUAAAGAGUCUCACCAAUGAAUUGGCGUUGCUACGGAGAGGGUUAGACAAUCUAAGCGUCAGAGUGACUCCUGUGUCGGGUCACAUCAGCUCACGGGUAGAUGGGGAAAUCUAUCGCUCUCUUUCUCGGGAAAGAAGGUCCGGGUACGGGACAGUCAGGGCUCGCUCAGGAUCUAGAGAACGUCCAGAGGAUAGAGGACAGAGGUCGGUGGAAAGAGGAAGACGAGCAGAUUCCUCAGGACCACGCGCUCGUAUACCCAGGCCAUCACCUUCUCCCACUGGGUCACGGGUUCCACGCUUUGAUCCAACAGCAUAUAUCCAGGACAGGCAGCGCAGACAGAAAGAGGCAGAACUCAAAAAACAAAGGAAGGUGCGAAGGGACAUGCUGACAUCACCCACGGUCCCCGAGAGAGGCCGUUCACGUUCCAGAGAAGCCUAUCCUCAGUUGACCCGGUCUGGCAGCAGAGGCAGGAGUUUGUCUGUAGAACGGAGAGGGAGCAGGAACUCCUCUGAGAGCUCGUUAGUGGACAUGGACGAAAUGGCCAAAAGUCUGUUCAGAGGAAGAAAACAGACUUACAAUGGACCCAAUGUGUCCAGAGGAGGCCUUUUGUCCAGGAAGCCAUUAUGCAGUACACCAACACACAGAGAAAGCUCUGUAGAUACAGGUGCAGAGCUAUCAGAGAUUGAUGCAAGGCUGCAGGCACUGCAGGAAUACAUGAGAGACUUGGAUACAGGACACUAACCUGCUGCUCAAGACACUCCUAGAUAUUUUAUGUAACACCAGGCUCAGGAUGUCCGGUUCUAUCAUCCACACAAAACUGAGGGAGAAAUCUUGAUUUGGACCCAAGCUUCUGGUUUAGAGAGGGUGCGUUCACAUAAGAGACUAACUUUCUCUGGAAGCUCAGACUUCUGGAAACUACAGCCAUCACUGUGAAGAUCGGACUAUUUUUUGUGGACUAUAAUUUUUUUGUUUUGUUUUGUUUUUAUAAAUUAACUUAAACUAUGAUUGUGUCUGAGUACAAUGCUGUCCGUUUUUUUGGAAACCCUACCAAACUGGUAUAUGUACUGUAUGUAAAAUUUGGCAUUGCAUUGGUAAAUGUUUUCAUCCUUGAA